CAAACACAAAUCAUAAAUUCUAAUAUUACAGUCGUAACUUGGAAAUCAGAAAACAGAGAAAAAGUUGUGGUCUAAAAUUGAAGUAGAUAGUGUCUGAAAUUCUCAAGCUUCUUCUCCUAUGAAAUGAACCAAACCUGAACUGAAUCAACAUGGCCACUGUUGCAACAAGAGGAUUUGGAGUGGGAGUGACAAACCCCCAAACCCACCACAAACCCAAGCACAAGUCCUUGUUCUUAGGCCAAGGACUUAGAAUUAGACCCUCAAUUGAAGUACCAUGUGGUGGAAGAUUCAGUGUCUCAAACCCAAAAGGGUUUGGUGUUUUUGCUCUUGGGGGUGAAUGGGUUGAAUCAAUUCACAACCUCUUUGUGGGUGUUGGGGUUGGGCUUCCUUGCACUGUCAUGGAGUGUGGUGACAUGAUCUAUAGGAGCACUCUUCCUAAGUCUAAUGGAUUGACACUUACUGCCCCUGGUGUAAUUCUGGCUUUGGGUGCUGUCUCUUAUCUCUGGGCUACUCCUGGUGUGGCUCCUGGUUUCUUUGACAUGUUUGUGCUUGCUUUUGUUGAAAGGUUGUUCAGACCCACUUACAAAAAGGAUGAUUUUGUUCUUGGGAAGAAGUUAGGGGAGGGAUCUUUUGGAGUGGUUUAUAGAGUGUCACUGGCCAAGCCCUCUUCAAAGGAAGGUGACUUAGUCUUGAAGAAGGCAACUGAAUAUGGUGCAGUAGAAAUUUGGAUGAAUGAGCGAGUACGAAGAGCUUGUGCAAACAGCUGUGCAGAUUUUGUUUAUGGCUUUUAUGAGAGCUCUUCUAAGAAGGCUGCUGAAUACUGGCUCAUAUGGCGGUUUGAAGGGGAUUCCACCUUAGCUGAUCUGAUACAGAGUAGAGACUUUCCAUAUAAUGUCGAAACAUUGAUUUUGGGUGAGGUCCAAGACUUGCCAAAGGGAUUGGAAAGAGAAAAUAGAAUUAUUCAAACAAUUGUGAGGCAGCUCUUAUUUGCACUGGAUGGUCUUCACUCAACUGGUAUUGUGCAUAGGGAUAUUAAGCCACAAAACAUUAUUUUCUCUGAAGGGUCUCGUACAUUCAAAAUCAUUGAUCUUGGAGCUGCUACUGACCUGCGAGUUGGCAUCAACUAUAUUCCUAAAGAGUUUCUUUUGGAUCCAAGAUAUGCUGCACCAGAACAGUACAUCAUGAGCACGCAAACUCCAUCUGCACCUUCAGCUCCAGUUGCAACUGCACUGUCCCCAGUCUUAUGGCAGCUGAAUUUGCCUGACAGAUUUGAUAUCUAUAGUACUGGUCUAAUCUUUCUUCAAAUGGCAUUUCCUGGUUUACGCAGUGAUAAUAGUCUCAUACAAUUCAAACGUCAAUUAAAAAGGUGUGACUAUGACCUGAUCGCCUGGAGAAAAAGUGUUGAGCCUCGAUGUGGAGCUGACCUCAGGAGGGGCUUCGAGCUGUUGGAUUUAGAUGGUGGAAUAGGAUGGGAACUUCUGACAUCAAUGGUCCGAUACAAGGCAAGGCGAAGGCUGAGCGCAAAAGCAGCACUAGCUCAUCCUUACUUUGACAGAGAAGGCUUGUUGGCACUAUCCUUCAUGCAAAAUGCGAGGCUGCAGCUCUUACGAGCUACUCAGCAGGAUUAUGGAGAAGCUGCCGAGUGGAUUACUCAGCUAAUGGCAAGAUCAGGAACAGAGAAAGAUGGUGGAUUUACUGAAGCUCAGCUCCAGGAACUGAGAGAAAUUCAACCCAAAAAGAAGGCUAGUCCACAGAGAAAUGCUCUAGCUUCAGCUCUUAAACUUCAGAGGAAAUUUCUAAAAACCGUAAAUGAGAGUGUGGAUGAGCUCAGCAGACGCAGGAAAAGCCUUUGGUGGAGCAGAUGGAUCCCAAGAGAGGAAUGAAAAUUGUACAUACUUAAUACCCAUUUUUCUUUUCAAAUUUUUUGUCUAUAGUUUGUAUAUCAAAAUCAUGUUUAAUAUGAAAUCUAAGUUGGAAAAAAGAAACUUACUAGAAUCUUUUAUUAUUUUCCCCCAUAAACUAACUGGAAUCUGAGUGGAUGCACACCUGAAAUCUUUUGACUGCACGUGCAACCACAUUUAUGCAACACAUUUUCAGAAGGUAUUAUUGAAUGAAAAGAGACGUGUUCUAGACAUAUUAAUGGCACUUUGCUUAAUGUUGCUUUA